AUGGGACUAGGCGAUGAACAGAAAUAUAAUGUGCAGCUAUCCAAAGUGAAACGUGUGAUCAUUUCAAAUAGACACUUACGUGAGUUAUAUAAUGAUGAUCAUAUAAAAGGCAAAUUAAUGUCAAUUUUAUUUGAACUGGAGAAAGAUGAAAUUUUUUCCAUGUCUAAAUGUUAUGAUGGUAAAGAUUUUAAAGAUAGUGAGCAAUUAUACAUACCGAUAAGUAAUGAAUCAUGGAAAUGUCAAAUUGUGACAUCGUGGAAUGAGAUUGAAACUUUAAGAAAAUGGAUGUAUGGAGAAGAUAUACCCCUCAGCCGAAGCCAAUGGAGGAAAUGUGAAAAACUAAUGAUUAGAAGAUUAGAAUUUGACAGCAGCAAAAGUAUCAGUUUACUUAGUGACGAUGAAAGUAAGAAGGAGGAGGAGGAAGAAGAAGACAGCAAAAAAAAUGUGACGUUCAAAUACGAGAAAUCUCAUGUUGCCCCAGUGUCUUUGAAUAUUCACGUACACUUUAAGGUUUAG